AUGUGUUCCCCUACCGGCGAAUCAACACCUCACGAAGCUCCUAAAAGAGUUGACGAUGGGGCUCCAAAGGAGCCAUUCCCGUGGCACAUCGGAGUCUACGACGCUCACUGUCACCCAACCGACACCAUGACCUCUAUCUCCAGCAUCAAAAACAUGCAAGCCCGCCUCCUCACCAUCAUGGCCACCCGCGGUCAAGACCAAGACCUCGUCGUAUCCGUAGCCGAGCAGCACGGCAUCACAGACCUGAAAGAGCUGCGCGAAAGCAGUUCAUCCGAAACCCCAAAGAAGGUCGUCCCAGCCUUCGGUUGGCACCCUUGGUUCUCCCACCAGCUCUACGACGACUCCAAAGAGGAGCCCGAAGUGACAGACAUCCAAGCGCACAAAACCAAGCACUACUCCUCCGUCCUCUCACCCACUCCCGAAGCCGACACAGAUUUCAUCGCCUCCCUCCCCGAUCCCACCCCCCUCAGCAAAUUCCUCUCCGAAACCCGGCAACGUCUGCUCGCGCACCCAAACGCUUUGAUCGGCGAAAUCGGCGUCGACAAAGCCUUCCGUCUGCCCUGGGGAAAAGUCAACGAGUCCUCGCGCAACGGCGACCUAACGCCUGGCGGCCGCGAGGGGAGGAUGUUAAGCCCCUAUCACGUUAAGAUGCCGCAUCAGGUGGAGAUCCUCAAAGCGCAGCUGCACUUGGCUGGGGAGCUGGGAAGGCCGGUUAGUUUGCAUGGUGUGCAGGCUCACGGCGUGUUAUUCGACGCCUUGGCUUCGUUGUGGAAGGGCCAUGAGAAGGAGGUGGUUUCGCGGAAGAAGCAGAAGAUGAUUGCCAAGGGGGUGUCGGAGGACUUUUCUUCUUCGUCUAGUGAGGAAGACUACUCUGAUGAUGAAUUUGGGCUGGGGGAACCUAAACAGCAAAAGACCAAAAAGCCGUACAAGCCGAAACCGUUCCCGCCUAGAGCGUGUCUACAUUCCUUCAGCGGCCCGCCGCAGAUGUUGAAGCAGUACUUGGACCCUAAGAUACCCGUCAAGUGCUACUUUUCGUUUUCGAUGGGGGUCAACUUGGGGACGGCGGGCGGAGAGGCCAAGUUUGCGGAUGUCAUCAGGGCGUGUCCGGAUGGGCAGGUGCUGGUGGAGAGCGAUUUGCAUGUGGCGGGCGAGGAUAUGGAUGGGUAUUUGGAGGAUAUCGCGAGGAGGAUAUGUGAGGUUAAAGGGUGGGGGUUGGAGGAGGGGAUGAGGAGGAUAAGGAGGAAUUAUGAGGAGUUUUUGUUGGUUGAGUGUCUUUUAGAAGGGGGAUGGUAG